AUGGACGAAGUUCUACAAGCCAUCUCUAUCAGCCUCAUGGUUGCUUGCUUCCUUCUCAACACCAAUCGCGUUCUAAAGAGCAUCGAAAUAUGCAAGGAAUGCUUGGUCAUCUUGAAACACAAAGCAUGCAUCAAAGACGAUAAACUAGUCAAAUUAUUGUACAAAAGGGUGUAUUUGAUACUGUCGAGGGCUUAUCGAAAUGAAACAAAAUACGCAGAAAAAAUUCUCCAGAUUUAUCGUGAAACUGGAGAAAAACUUGAAGAAUAUAAGCUAAGCUUCGAUCUAGCAGCAAUGUACUUCCGUCAAAGUAAAUACGCAGAAGCGAGAGAACUAUGGGAGAAAACGCUCCUAAUCGGUACAGAAAUUGGUGACAAAAAUGGAGAAGCCUCCUCUUACGGAAACCUUGGAGCUGUGUAUCAAUCAGUUGGCAAAUAUGACAAGGCAAGAGAACACUUCGAGAAAUCACUUGUCAUCAACAAAGAAAUCGGUGACAGAAACGGAGAAGCCGACUGUUACCUAAACCUUGGAGCUGUGAAUAAAUCAGUUGUUAGCAAAUAUGACAAGGCAAGAGAACAUUUCGAGAAAUCACUUGUCAUCAACAAAGAAAUCGGUGACAGAAACGGAGAAGCCGGCUGUUACCUAAACCUUGGAGUUAUGUAUAAAUCAGUUGGCAAAUAUGACAAGGCAAGAGAACAUUUCGAGAAAUCACUUGCAAUCAAGACAGAUAUCGGUGACAGAAAUGGAGAAGCCAACUGUUACAUGAGCCUUGGAAGUUUGUGUCGAUUAGUUGGCAAAGGUGAAAAGGCCAGAGAACAUCUCGAGAAAUCACUUGUCAUCAACAAAGAAAUUGAAAUUGGUGACAGAGAUGGAGAAGCCGACUGUUACCAAAGCCUUGGAGCUGUGUAUGAUUCAGUUGGCAAAUAUGAAAAGGCAAGAGAACAUCUCGAGAAAUCACUUGCAAUCAAGACAGAAAUCGGUGACAUAGAUGGAGUAGCCACCUCUUACAUGAGCCUUGGAUUGUUGUAUCAAUCAGUUGGCGAAGAAGAUAAGGCUAAUGAACACUUGGAGAAAGCAUUGGCGAUCAAGAGAAAAACUGGUGACAAGGAGGGAGUAAUUAUGUGUUGCAAUAAUCUCGCCUUUUUAUUUUCCUCUCUUGGUAAAUAUCCCAAGGCUAACAAAUAUAAUCAGGAAGCACUUUCCAUCGCAUCAGAAAUUGGACACAGGGAGGGGAAAGCCUUCUCUUUAUUAGCGCAAGGAAAUAUCUUGUACUCAAUUCAUAACUAUGUCAAGGGUAAAGAGUAUUACGAAGAAGCAAUUGCCAUCUGCAAAGAAAUUGGACAACGAUAUUUAGAAGCCGGUUGUUGCAUAUGUUCAGGAAAGGUUCUUUUCAAAGAUGGUGAAUAUGUUAAGGCUGAAGAACAUUACACGAAGUCACUUGCCAUUAGUGAGGACAUUGGAGAUCUUUCUCUGCAGUACCAAUCGCUCAAAGAACUAGCAUGCUUAAGAAUACAAGAAGGCAAGAAUCAGGAAGCUACCACGUACUUACUUACUGCCGUCGAAAAAUGCGAGAAAAUGCGCGGCUCCCUACGAGAUAACGAUCAAUGGAAGAUAUCGUUUUCGGAUAACAAAAUUUCUUCCUACAAGAUCCUCUGUACAUUGCUUUGUAAAACCAGAAAUCUCGUGCCAGCUUUGUAUGUUUCAGAGCUUGGGAAGGCCAGGGCUUUGGCAGAUUUGAUGUCAGCUAAGUACUCUGUGAAGAAUCAAGUAUCCGCUAAUCCUCAAACAUGGUCUGGAAUUGAAAGCAUCAUCGACAGAGAACGUAAUUGUUCUUGUCUAUACCUCUCCUAUUCUUUUGACAGCAUGUAUAUCUGGAUUCUUAAAAGAGGUGGAGUCACGUAUUUCCGAGAAAUUGAGGGAAAGGAUCUUAUUGCUUACGAACGACCUGUUAAAAAUCUUGAAGACUUUUUUGCCAACAAAAGCUUUAGAAGUUUUGGCACGUCACCAUGGCCAACGGAGCUACGCAAAGAUGAGUCUUUAAAUGCCAUACAAGAAGUGUUUGACAUGAACAACAUGGACGAAGUUCUACAAGCCAUCUCUAUCGGCCUCGUGGUUGCUUGCUUCCUUCUCAACACCAAUCGAGUUCUAAAGAGCAUCGAAAUAUGCAAGGAAUGCUUGGUCAUCUUGAAACACAAAGCAUGCAUCAAAGACGAUAAACUAGUCAAAUUAUUGUACAAAAGGGUGUAUUUGAUACUGUCGAGGGCUUAUCGAAAUGAAACAAAAUACGCAGAAAAAAUUCUCCAGAUUUAUCGUGAAACUGGAGAAAAACUUGAAGAAUAUAAGCUAAGCUUCGAUCUAGCAGCAAUGUACUUCCGUCAAAGUAAAUACGCAGAAGCGAGAGAACUAUGGGAGAAAACGCUCCUAAUCGGUACAGAAAUUGGUGACAAAAAUGGAGAAGCCUCCUCUUACGGAAACCUUGGAGCUGUGUAUCAAUCAGUUGGCAAAUAUGACAAGGCAAGAGAACACUUCGAGAAAUCACUUGUCAUCAACAAAGAAAUCGGUGACAGAAACGGAGAAGCCGACUGUUACCUAAACCUUGGAGCUGUGAAUAAAUCAGUUGGCAAAUAUGACAAGGCGAGACAACAUCUCGAGAAAUCACUCUUCAUCAAUAAAGAAAUCGGUGACAGAAAUGGAGAAGCCAACUGUUACGGAAACCUUGGAGUUGAGUAUCAAUCAGUUGGCAAAUAUGACAAGGCGAGAGAACAUCUCGAGAAAUCACUUGUCAUCAACAAAGAAAUCGGUCACAGAAAUGGGGAAGCCAAGUGUUACAUGAACCUUGGAGCUGUGUAUCAAUCAGUUAGCAAAUAUGACAAGGCAAGAGAACAUUUCGAGAAAUCACUUGUCAUCAACAAAGAAAUCGGUGACAGAAACGGAGAAGCCGGCUGUUACCUAAACCUUGGAGUUAUGUAUAAAUCAGUUGGCAAAUAUGACAAGGCAAGAGAACAUUUCGAGAAAUCACUUGCAAUCAAGACAGAUAUCGGUGACAAAAAUGGAGAAGCCAACUGUUACAUGAGCCUUGGAAGUUUGUGUCGAUUAGUUGGCAAAGGUGAAAAGGCCAGAGAACAUCUCGAGAAAUCACUUGUCAUCAACAAAGAAAUUGGUGAUUGA